CUCAAAGAUAGAGCUUGAUCAUGUCUGGACGCGGAAAGACCGGAGGCAAAGCCAGGGCUAAGGCCAAGAGCCGCUCCUCCAGAGCAGGGCUGCAGUUCCCCGUUGGCCGAGUUCACAGGCUGCUGAGGAAAGGGAACUACGCUGAGCGCGUCGGUGCCGGGGCUCCUGUGUAUCUGGCUGCGGUGCUGGAAUAUCUGACAGCUGAGAUCCUGGAGUUGGCUGGAAAUGCUGCCCGCGACAAUAAGAAGACCAGGAUCAUCCCCCGCCACCUGCAGCUGGCUGUCCGCAACGACGAGGAGCUGAACAAGCUGCUCGGUGGAGUCACCAUCGCUCAAGGAGGAGUUCUCCCCAACAUCCAGGCGGUGCUGCUGCCCAAGAAAACCGAGAAACCCGCAAAGAAGUAAAGCUACGUCACCUAAAACCAACCAACGGCUCUUUUAAGAGCCACGCAAAUAUUCUCAAGAGCGGGAUUCAAUUAAAAUUAAACUUUCGGUGCACUUGUUUCCAGAAAGUCAUGUGACCGAUACAGGAGUUAGGGCCAUACUGAAAAUUUAGUCUGUCAACAUGAUGAAUCUGCUAAAAAAUAAAGAUUUUGCGGUUUCUGAUGAUUGGAUGUAGCUGCUUGAAAGGAAUAGGAACGCUUCAGCCUUUGCUUAUUUUUAUUU